AUGCCAUCCAAGGGAUCUACCACAGCUUCUCCUCCUACCCCCGCCUCUACACCUCGCAGCUCCUCGGAAUCGAGCAUUGAACGCCUGAAAUCCAUCCUUCACACGGCGAAGAAGCCAUCACCCGCCGAUGCCAAACCAAGCCCGAAGAGCAAGGCCGUUACAAUGGAGGCCCGGGCUGUCUCGUUGCCUGCUACAACGCGUUGGGAAGACGAUGCAUUUUUGCGAUGGUGUAUGGCGUUUGGAUUUAUGAAAAGCGCGACCGGUGCUGGAGGGCUCGCGAGCCCAUUAUUUCUACCGGUUUAA